AUGGAGCACUGGGACUCGCUGGGAUUUUUGAUUGUCACACUCAACUAUAAUGUGACUAUUGUAGGAAAGAUCUGGCUAAUGUUAGUAAUUCUGCUGCGAAUGGCAGUGGUGGUGUUAGCAGGCUAUCCACUCUACCAAGAUGAGCAGGAGCGCUUUGUCUGCAACACCUUGCAACCAGGAUGCUCCGUUUGCUAUGACUUGUUCUCUCCUGUGUCUCACUUUAGAUUCUGGCUCAUUCAGACUGUGUCUAUCCUGCUACCUUAUGCUGCAUUCAGCAUUUACGUUUUGCACAAGGUAGCUAUGUACAUUGUAAGAAUACACUGUUUGGUGCAUGCACCCAAAGGGAAUAAGGGUUUAUCAAGCCCCAAAGACCCGGAGGAGCUCUGUAGAAGCGCUGUUGUCAAUAGGUUAGAUUGUGGUACAGAUAACCUAAGAGUCCUUAAUUUUUCAGGGGCAUAUACUGUUCAUCUUUUUUUCAGGACACUACUUGAGGCUGCCUUUGCAGCUGUACAAUAUUUUCUUUUUGGAUUUUUUGUUCCUGAACGCUUUUCCUGCUAUCAUUCACCUUGUACAAGCACAGUUGACUGUUAUAUCUCCCGGCCCACUGAGAAAUCCAUCAUGAUGAUUUUCAUCUGGGGGGUCAGCAGUCUAUCCUUUCUACUUAGCCUUGCUGAUCUUGUCUGUGCUCUCCAGAGAAUGACAGCAAGAAACCAAAAAAUCAAGCUGGUGGCAAACCUCCAUGUAGAGAAUGAGUGCAUUUUAAGUAUUCCCCCUGUACAGCACGGUAGCUCUUCACCUCAAAAUCAAGACUGUCCAGUAUCAAAUAUCAGCCAGACCAGUGAUGGCUCCUGCUCACUUCUUUCUGAAGAAGAGGAAGAGGCUGUUCUUCAUCCUGAAGUGGUCCCUCAGCAAACUGCCAGCACUAAUCUUAACAGCAAUAAGCCCUGUAUAUCGGAAGAUCUUGCUGUUAAGCAAGACAGCACUGAAGAGCCCUUGUGUGCUGGUGACCACCAUCGGACUGCAUGCAGGCAAGUGAGACCCAGGCUUCAGCAAGACCUCAUUAAAGAUACUUCCCUGACUUUGAGACCUCAAAUCAAGUCUCACCUUGGAGUUUCUUCCUCUGUAAUUCAGAGCAAGAUUUUAGGAUACUGUCCUUCAGCUGAGCUAAAAAUCCCUGAUGCACAAUCAAAUUAUAGCAGUACUAGUUGUUUGAGGUCAAAAAAGUCAGAAUGGGUAUAG